ACCCAGACCUCACUGCUCAUGUCCCCCUCGUCAACAGGAACACCCUUUGACAUGGCCCGAAUGCUGUUGCUCAUCUUCAUCACGGUCCAUCCAGGAUCCUGUGCUCUCUGGGUGUCCCAGCCCCCUGAGAUCCGUACCCAGGAGGGCACCCCUGCCUUCCUGCCCUGUUCCUUCAAUGCCAGCCAAGGGAAAUUGGCCAUUGGUUCUGUCACGUGGUACCAGGACAAAGUGGCCCCAGGGAAGGAGGUGAGGAAUGAGACCUCAGAGUUCAGGGGCCGCCUGGCCCCUCUUCCCUCUUCCCGCUUCCUCUGUGACCACCAGGCUGAGCUGCACAUCUGGGACACCCGAGCCCGUGACGCCGGAGUCUACGUGUGCAGGGUGGAGGUGCUGGGCCUGGGUGUCGGAACAGGGAAUGGGACUCUGCUGGUGGUGGAGAAAGGACCUCCUCAGCUAGCGGCCGGCACAGUCUUCCUCCUUCGGGCUGGGUUCUAUGCCUUCAGCUUUCUCUCAGUGGCCAUGGGCAGCACCAUCUAUUACCAGGGCAAAUGCCACUGUCACAUGGGAACACACUGCCACUCCUUGGAUGGCCUCUGA